UCGCCCAGGAUUUCUGCUUGAAGCCUUGCUCCAGUCUCUUGCAGCAAGGCUUUGGAGGGCGAUGCAUGGUGCCCAGGAGGAGCUGGAGAGGGCAUCGCUCUUUUACCAAGCCUUGGGCCAAGAGGAGGGUCAGGCUUGCCUCCUGGUCUUGGAGAAACUCCAGCGAUUUGCAGGAGGCUCGGUGAAGAGAUGUAGGGACCAAAACCUGGAGGAAGCUUUUCAGCUCUUGACCGGGGUGAGCAAAGCAUUAUGGGAACAGGAUAGGGACGCCAUGUGCCCUCUGGUCUGCUGCGUCGUGGCCUGCCAAAUGGAGGCGUCCAGCAGCUCUAGCUCCUUCUGCCGACUUGAGAAGAUUAUUGCAAAACUGGCAGAAGGGAAUGAAUCCUUGGUCUCCAAACAGGUGGAUGAGUUUAUGGACGGCCUCACCAAGGACAAUGAGCCGUUGUCUCCUAGAACUCUGCAAACAGGCAGUGGCAAUGGGGUUUUGUUCUUUGGAUCCCCAGUGUGCAUCUUUAUCGAGGAGAGUACACUGGGACGAUGCUACUGGAAAAACAACCUGAUGCCGCUGUUGCGAUGCAUUGCUGCCACAUUUGAAUUCAUUCUGGAAGACCUGAGAGCCAGGAAGGAGGACUGGCACUAUCUCACGGUUAAGAUCUGUCUGCAACUUUUCAAGUGGAUGCCAAAGGACAUUUUGCCCCUUGCGUGGGAUGGAACGGAUCAUGCUGACAUCUUGCAAAGGAUUCUGGGAUUUCUGGUACAAACCAUGAUGGAAAAGGUAACCGGCAAGGACACCCGUCUGCUGGCUGGUACUGCCGUGAGUAUGCUGGUUAACACGGCACCGGAGCCACAGCAAGGAGCCAGAGCUGUUUUGAGUCUCUAUCACCUCCUGAAUGGAAGUGGCAGUUCCAUUGGACAGAGGACAGAUGGCAUCAUGGACACCUACAAAGAGGAAUGCCAGUUUGGGAUGCUUCGUGUGGUCCCCUCGGCUGGGAGUCCAGAUGGUUUGGAGAGGUUGGUUUUGACGCGGGGUUUGUUGUCCUGUUGCAAGAAGGAGAUCCUGACCUGCCAGAUGGAUGACCCAAAACAGGGUUGUCUGUUGCUGGAUGUGCUUUUCCCAGCCAUUUUAGAUUUGUUGGAAGAGCCAACGGAUUGCUAUUACUACUGCUUUCAAGUUUUUUCUUUGUGGCUUCAAAGUAUCCGAGAAAGUCUGGAUGAGAUUUGGAAAGUGAAGGAGAGCCGGGUGCUGGCAGACAACUCUAGUCUGCUCCAGAAGCUGGUCCAGUUCCUUUGGAACAGUGCAGAGAGCCUGGUAGAAGGCAUAUCUGAUUUCAUCCGCAGCUCCUUCCAGCUUCUCUUGGAGAUCUACAGUCGAGAAUGUGAUCACUUUGGGGCCCCGGAGAGACCCCUUUACGAAGAGCUCCUGCGGAGGAUCAUCCUUAUGCCUUGGCAGGCGAGAUCUCGAUAUUUUGCACUUAUAUCAGUACUCCCCUACUUGGGCCCUCGAAAAGUUCUUGAUCUCUACGCAGACCUCCCCCGGCACCUCUUGCACUGCCUUUCCACCAACCACUUGUGUCCUGUUGCCUCAGAUGUGUAUAAAACUUUCUUGCAGCUGCAGCGGAAAGCUUGGACAGAAGGUCAGGGCCUGGUCCCAGAGGACAAGCUGGCUCAGAUGUGGGCCCAUUGUUGGCUGCCAACCUUGUCUGAUGCCUUGACGUCUCCCGACACUUUCCUUCAGAGUAACGCCUCCAACUAUCUCCUGGUGUGGACCAUGAGGAUUUUCCCUGCCUCUUUGGCUUUGUUGGCAAAAAGCUUUAGUGGCAUGCAUACUCCUCAGCUCCGGGCUUGGGUCACCUUGUUGAACAUUCACAAGACACUUUCUGGGGCUUUGCCUGCAGACACUGAAACCCUUGAGAGACUGACCUCGUGCCUCUUCUCUAAAGAAGACAAUAUUCGCUUGGCGGCACUAGGACUACUAUGUUCUUCUCCCAGGACCAACCAGGCCUUGUUGGAGACUGAAGUCCACCUCUUGAAGGAAUUCUUGCCUCUGAACCUGAACUGUGACUCCUCCUCAUUCCGGCAGCUCCUCCAAGCAUCCGUGAAGAAGGCUUUGGUGAGGAUGAGGGAUAGCUCCAUUGUGGUCCUUCGGCAAAAAGCCGCCUCCAACAAGAAGCAAACCUCAAGCCUAAUGGGAAAGAAUCAGGAAAUCACUCUGGUCCAAGCAGUAUAUUUCAUUGAGUGGCUGCUGCAGCUUUGCAUGUCCUCUUUGACAUCAGGGGCUAACUACCAGCGGAAGAAAACGUCCCUCCUUCUCUUGGCGGCCAUUAUGGAAACUUGUACGGACACAUGGAGUCCGGAAAGGAAGAAGGGGCAGCCUCCUCGCAAUAUGGUUGCUCUCCUAAACUGGGCUAGAAGCAAGGGCUGCUGGAAUUUUUUCUCCAGAAGCAAUACGCUGACAUUGCUGAGCUGUUUGCAGGACAAUACAAAUGAGAUCCGUGAGCUGGCGUCCAAGUUGCUCGUCUGCUACUUCCCGUCACAUUUCCUAGAAUCCAUUGUUGCCUCUCUGUUUGAGCGGGCCCAGGAAGCCAUGAGCAGCCCCCGAGUUCAGGAGGUGGAAGCGGGAACAGUGCUGAUGAAAACCAUCCUCCAGAAAUUAGACGGUUGUACCUUGAAACAGUUGUUGCCAGAAGUGGCAGAAGAGCCGACUGAACGUUGCCAAUGCCUCUGUUUCCUUGAGCAUCUUCUUGGGGUGCUGCAAGACCAUUUUGCUGUCGCUUGCCAGAACGUGUUGCAGGCAGCACGCACUAAACCGAUACACGGUGUGCUUUCUGCUCUCAGGCGAUGUCUGUUGGAGGUCCCAGAAGUGCAAGCCUCUAUGCAGCGGGCACAGUGGGCACAGCAUUGGCAAAUGUUCCUUUGUUGCUUGGUGAAGACCGCCAGGGACAUUGGCAGCUUCCUCCUGGGAGUGUUACAAGGGAAGCAGGCAUCCAACGUUGAGCAACAAGCUGCUGCUCCUUCCUUUGCAGACAUGGGGAAUGCAAUUGGGUCCCUCAUCCAACUCGGGAAGGACCUGGGAUCUCAAGGGGAAGAGGAGGAUUCAGUCCUGCUUUCAGAGGAACACAGUCUCAUCCUCACCUGCUGCUGGGUCUCCGUGAAAGAAAUUGGGCUGCUUUUGGGAGGCCUAGCAGAGAAGGUUUUGCCUCUAGAGCCACUCGAUGGCUGCGAGUCCCUCCUCACACUCCAGGUUGUCAAUCUGGCGGCUGAGACCUUCCAGGAUAUCUUGCUGAAGUGCCGGCACUGGGGAGCAGUGGAAGGCUGCAGCAUAGGAUUCACUAAAUUCUGCACCACUUUGCUCAGGCAUCCUGACCAAGAGCUGCAAGUUAUACCAGAGACAAUGCUAACCCAGGGCUUGGCUUUCUUAAGGAGUCCCCGGAACAGUUCUAUUACUCGCAGGGCAGCCGGCUUCCCCAUGCUCUUCCUCUGCAUCGUGGUUGGGGAAGACCCUGCCAAGUCCCGGCCUCUUCUGGCACAUUGCAUUCAGACAUUGCUAGCCUUGGCCAGUGAGCCUCUUCCCCACAACUGGGACCAGACAGUGGACUUGCCACAGGUUUCAGCAGUCCAUGUGUUGCAAACCCUGGUCCGUGGUUCUGGGCUUGGAACAGCCCUGCAAAAGUACAUUACAUCAAUGGUGAUGUUGCUUCUCAAAGCCCUCAACUCCCCUAGCUGGGCCAUGAGAAAUGCAGCCAUCCAGCUCUUUGGUGCCUUGACGGUUCGUCUUCUGGGUCAAAAGCGGACUCGGGAUGAGGGACCCAGUCAGGAAGGGUUGAGCUCUGAGGCCCUUUUUAGCUCCUAUCCUCAACUGAGAAGCAUUCUGCUUGGAGAAUUGGCCUCAGCUGCAGAUGCGUCUGUGUCCGAAGGGAUCCAGAGAGGGAAACUUCGCCUGUACCCCUCCCUCUAUGCCAUCCUCACCUUUCUGGCCAAACUUCAGCCCAGUGCAAACACUUUGAACAGUGAUUCCAUUUGCUUUCUGGAGCCCCUGAUCCAACUUUCAGCCAAUCCCAUUUACGCUGUCCGGGUGAUGGCAGCCCGGGCCUUGAUGCCUCUCGUUCCUCUGACAGAAUACGGAAAGAUCCUCUUGCAACUGGCUUCAUGUUUACCGCAACCAGAGGAUGCUCUGUCCCAUAAUAUGUUGCAUGGAUGUUUGCUGCAGAUCCAGGCACUGCUGACUCAAGCCCUGCAUGUGAACUGUCUGUCUCCUGAGGCCUUGCUCCCCAUCGCCUGUCGAAUGGAAGACUGUAUCUGGCUUCUCACUGACAGGCAGCAGUGCCCCCUAGUCCGCACAGCCUAUCUCCAAGCCAUCUCCCUUCUAGUGGGGAGCUGCUCCCAAAGUUUUGCCCAGCAGGUUUGGGAGAUUGUGAGCUGUGACCUGGCUGACAGCAAACUCACCGAAACCCAGAGCAUCUCUUCAGUUCAGGUCGGUUUGGCUACCUUCUACCAACAUGCUGUCCAUUUCCUUUGCCACGAGGCAACCAGGCUGAGAUGUCCUGAGAGAGUUGGUCAACUUCACUGGUUCCUUCAAAAGGGGAACGUUGAUGUCCAAGGAGCCAUCUUGACUUGGAUGAUUGAAGAGGAACAGAAAUUGAGCCUGGAUUUAAGGAAAGACUUACAGCUAAUCCUGCUGGAGAAUCUAGAAGUGAUGCUGAAAGGCAAGACUGACUGCGUGCUUCUGAAACUGUACCUGGAGGCUUUUGUGCACCUCUGUGGGGAUCCCUCCUUUCAAAAUGGACAUUUUCCCCAGAUGCCGCUGGGUGCUGGGUGCAGGGAAAUCCUCGUAUCUAUGGUGGAGAGGGGCCAUCUCAGCCCAGAGCUUUUGGGCCUUGCACUGUGUGUGGUUGCUUUCCUCCUGACCCUGAACAGUGAAGAUUAUUCCUUAUGGAACCAAUGGGGCACGCUAGUAGAACGUUUCAGCAAAGACUUUUCAUCGGAAGUGCUCAGAAUGUCUGCAGCCAAAUCGCUGAAAAUAGCAGGCAGAGACUUGAUUCAGAGAGCCCAGGAUUUGUCCAGCUCAGCCCUUCGUGGCAUGGCCCUACGUCUGAUCGAUGCAGGAAUUGGCCUCCUGCAAGAUGAAGACCGGGAAGUGAGGCACGAAGCUGCCAUCUUUGCCAGCCUUGUUGUGGUUCCACCUCAAGAUGGCUGCAUUUGGCUGCAGACAAACAAGGCCCUCCUCGGCCUGCUGCAUCUCCUGCAGGAAAAAUUUGGGAGUUUACCAGAAGCCUUUGCAACUUUGGUGCAUCACCUCCCCACAAUAAAUCUCAGCAGUGCCUUAACGGAGCUGGAGGCCAAGGGGGCUGUCAGUCUGUAUAAAGAAGAUGAACCGAAUGUUUACGCAGAGCCAGGAAUCCUCUCCCAAAUGCUUCUGCCCUUUCUCCUGCAGCUCCACAACAGGGCAUCCAGUUCUCCAGAGCUUUGGGAGGGAAUACAAAGCUGGCUGAAAGUCACUGGACCAGAGAUCUUUUCCAGCCUCAAGCACUGCAGGGAGUGGUGGAGCCAAGGUUCUAACACUUCCCUCCACCUGAAAGCUCUGGUUUGUCCAAAAGUCCACAUUGCCAUUGCAACACUGCUGGUCAAGGCGACCCUUGUGCGCCACACCUUGGAGUCCAUGGAAGAAAGGAAGGUGCCCAGUGUUGAAGGGAUUCUUUUCACUUGCCAGGAGCUGAGAUGUGAAGUUAUGGCUGUGCAGAAGCUGCUCAAGGAACAUGGAAUGACUCCUCCAGUCCCCACAGAAAUGGAGCAAGAGCUGACAGGAGGAAGAAACUUAGUCAUAAUGGAGGCCUAAACUGUACCUUUGGGGGUCAGCAGAACUGUUUGUAGGUUGGGCUUUGCUCUAAUGGUAACCAGAAGAGUCUCAGUGAAUCGAGAGUAUCUGAUUCAAGUGCUCUCCACUUGGCUGGAUUUUACUCUGUUUUUUGUAUAUCUCUUUUUGCUCCUGUUAUAAGGAGCGCCAGCGAUCCUUCUGGAAGACUGAGCAAAAGUGUUUGUAGAUGGGAUUUUCUCCUUUUAAAUAAAGCAUUUUUUUAAAAACUGU